AAUCUGUUUUGACAGAUUGAUAUACGUUUUAAGGUUAUUUUCAGCAAAAUUUAUUAUAAUUACAAUGUUUAUUCCUCCCACACGACAAUUUAUUUCAUAAACGAAGAUGAGUGGAAAGUUUUUGUAUAGUAUUGUAAAUUAAAUUAUAAAAAUAAUCCAUGGAUUCGAGCAUGCGACAUUCCUGAUUAAAAAAAAAGUAACACUUUCUAUAAACGAAAUGGAAGAUAAUAAUCAGGUACCUGAUAAGAUUGAUAAAAAUUUCGAGGAAUAUUGUCAACAAUUAGCUGAAAAUUCCUGUGAGAAUGAAGAAAUCAAUACUCAAAGGGUUCCAGAAAAUGAGGAAUUUCAUUCAGAUGACGAGGAGAAUGAAACAAUAUUCAAGAAAACGGAUUCAAUUCUGUUAAAUUCCCUUUUUGGAGAGUCGAGAAAUUUUUCGAUUGACGAAAUUUCGAAUUCGGAAAGUAUUCCAAAAGAAAUACAAGAUAACAGCGUUUUAUUAGAGAAAGAAGAUAAAUCAAUUUCGGAAGAAAUAAAUAAUGAUGAUACAAAAUCUGUCGAUGAUUCUUCGCCUAUUAAGAAUGUUUCUAUUAUUGAAAAGAGUGCAGAAAACUUUAAUAAUGAUCUGCAAGUGAUUCCCAAGAAUCAAGGAACGAAUUUAAUAAACGAAAAGAGAAAAUUAAUUCCUGUUAGGAAUUAUCGACCAACUUUAUCGGAUGAUAGUAAAUUGGUUAAAAUUUCUCUGCCUACAAAUCCGAUAAAUUUAAUGCAAUCAAAUGCACAGUUUCUGAAUAAAAGUAAAAAUUUCUUUCAUUUUAUCACCGAGAAAUCAUCGAAUAUUAUGGAGAAAACAUUAUUGACACAAAAUAUUACCAAUCGUUAUAAUUCUUUAUUAAAACACACAGAUUUUAAUGUCAAGAAACAAAUAGAAGAAUCAAGUUCCGAAUUUGUUUCGAAUCCCAAUAAAGAAAUGAAAAAAACAACAGAAGAAGACGACAAACAAGAACAAAGUAACGAAUUUAAUAAACAAGAACAGAAAAUUCAAAAUUCAAAUUCUUUGUGUUUUAAGGACGAAUCCGAUUUGUCUAAAACGACAAAUGAAUUAAUUGAUAAUUCCUCCACGACUCCAGACGUGAAAUUCGAAGAAAGUGAAAGAAGUCCUGAAGAAAUUUCCCAUCUUGAGAAUUUUGGAGAAAAAAUUCCCGAUCCAAAUACAUUGAAUCUUUCUCUAUUAGAAUCACAAGAAAAUAGUCCAAGACAAACUUCGGAGGAGGAUUCGGAAGCUGAGAGUUCAAUGGAUUCGGGGAGUUCAAAGAGUCAUUACAAUAAAUAUUUGGAUUUAUUAAAAAAUGAAAAUGAAAAAUUAAUCGAUAAACUGUCGAAGAGCGAGGAAAAAAAUCAAAAUGAUCCCAUGAGAAAUGAGGAAAUAAUUAUCAUGGAGAGGAGAAUUGAAAUCUUGACAAAUGAAUUGAAAAAUGCUUUAGCAAAUCAAGAAGCAACAAAUAGGGAAAUCAAUAUUGCUAAUAAGGAACGAGAAUGCAUGGUCAUGAAAUACGCAGUCAGCGAAAAACAAUUAAUUGACGUGCAAAGGGCCAGAGAUUUAGCUGAGCGGAAAUUAAAAGAAAUAUCACGGGAUCACGAAUUAAUGCAAAGUAAAUUGAGACAAUCGCAAGGAGAGCGUUCGAGAAUUUGCAAUAUUUUAGAUAAUAAAUGCACUGAAUUGGUUGAAGUUCAAAAACAAGUUGAUCGAUUAAAGGAGGAUAUAAACAUGAAGGAUGUGAAAUUAAAAUGGACUCAAAAUAAGCUCAAAACGGAAAUGGACCUACAAAAGGAAACACAACAAAAAUUGGGAAUCGCAACCGCAAAAAUAAAUGAAGUGAAGGAAGAGAGUGAGUUGAUUAAACGAGAAACACAAGAGACAAUGCGCAAAUUUCAACAGUCUGAGGAAAAUAAAGCCGUCACUUUGGAUCAACAAUUGAAGGAACAACACGCUCAAUUAAUUUUAGAACGACACGUGACGGAGGAUAAGGAAAAUAUAAGACUUCAUUUGCAAAAAGAAGUCGAGUCUUUGAAGCACAGGCAACAAAUUUUGAUCGAAGAGAAUAGUAAUCUCAGUUUGAAACUACAAGAUUUUGAGAAUGAUCGUUCAUCCUACGAGAGCAGUUUGAGUAAUUUAAAAUCAAUAGCCGAUCAACGACAAAAGGAAAUCGGUGAAUUAUCCUCCAAAGUGGCCGAAUUGGAAACACUUAAAAUUCAACUUCAGCACAAAGACCAAUGUUUAGCGUCAAUCGAGACAGAAAUAAAACGUUAUGUCGAGACGAAUCAGGAUCUUCAAAACGACAUGGAAUCGUGUAGGCUGCGAGAGAGUCAAAUGCUCGAAUUCACACAGAAACUUACAGAUAAAAAUGUACAACUUCAAUCGGAAUUAAUUGCAAUUGAGGCGAAAAAUAAGCGUCUCGAACAUGAACAGGGUCCAUUGCAUGAGCGUAUCACUCAACUAUUGAAUAGUGUCAAAACAUUGGAGUUGAAUCUCGCUGCGGAGGAAAAAAAGCGAAUCGAAGAUUGUGAAAUACUUGCUAAACAUGUUGCAGAGCAGACAAAAUUAGCGCAAAAUUUAUCGCAAAAACUCGAGGACAGCGAGGGAGAGAAUACUGUUUUAAAAAGAAAACAUCAACUUUCAUUGAAAGAAAUGACCAGGGAAUUGCAACAUUGUAGGAAACGAUUGGAAAUAUUCGAGGCAGCAUCUCCUGGCAGUUCUUUGGAUCCAACGUCGAGAACUGGUUCCAGUACAUCAUUAAAUACGGGAGAAACAGUAAACGGUGCCUUGUCGGAUAACAGCAAUAGUGCUGAUCAUUCAAUUCAAUCUGUAGAUAGGCAAUCAUUAAUAGAAAAAAUAAUCAAGUUGCAAAAGAUAAAUGUGAAAAAAGCAGAGAAAAUAGACUUUCUGGAGGAGCAUGUACAAUCAUUGGUGGCUGAAUUACAAAAAAAGGCAAAAAUAAUUCAAAACUAUAUUCUUGUUGAAAAUUUCGAUGCCAUGAGCACAAAUGAAAGAGACAGAAAUAAGCGUAUCAAGAGUAAACGGAAUUCAGCAGAAUUGGCAAAAUACGGAGGAAUAAUGGCUUCAGUUUAUAGUCACAAAGUGUCGGAUGAUCACAUGACACUGGAACUUUCUCUCGAAAUAAAUCAAAAGUUGCAGACAGUAUUAGAAGAUACUUUACUGAAAAAUAUCACUUUAAAGGACAAUAUCGACACACUGGGAGAAGAAAUCGCAAAGCUGACUAUGCAAAUUCAACAGAAACAAAAUGCAAAGUAAAGAUGAAUAGUAUUUGAAAGUAUAUAACUUACAAUUUACCAGGUAAAGUAUUAAUUGUCAAAGGUGCUUUGAUACUGUACUUAAAAAAAACAAGGGAAGACAUUUAGGAAAAAAAAGACUUCUGAAAAGAAAGUAUUUUUAAAACAGGGGAAAUGGUUUUUUUUUCAAAACGAUACUGGAACCUAAUUAUUGACGAGCAGAGAACAAGAAAGUUUAAUUUUAGUUUUUUUCUUCCUUGCAACAAAGAAUUAAUUCUUUAAAGUUUGUACAAGUUUUUCUAUAAAAGAAAAAAAGGGAAUAGUUUUAAAAUAGAUUUAUUUAAAAGAAUUUUGAAAUUUGUCUGAAAAUUUUAUAAUUCACUUUAUUGCAUUUAGUUUGUUAAUAUAGUUUAACAAGGGAAGAAUAAUUUUUUCAGUUUAUAAUUAUGGAAUAAUAAUUAUUUCAGUUUAUCAAUAACAAUUAUUUCAGUUUAUUAAUAAUUUAAUAGGGAAUAAUAAUAAUUUUUCUAUGAAUGAAAAUUCAUAGAUUUUAAAUUACCUUUUAAGUUUCUUGCCUUUUCUAGUCAAAUUGUUAAUAUUGUUAACAUUCACAAUAUUUGUUAAAAACCAAUCAAUUAUAUAUUU